AUGAAGAUGAAAAAAUUGGUUAAUGAUAAAAAUAAAAAUUUAUCAGAAAAAUAUCAGAUAAAUGAAAAUAUUCGUUUGAUAAAAUUAAUGUUACCAUUAAUUUUUUGUUUUAUUGUUAUAAAUGUUAUAUUUAACAUAAUAAUUUUAUAUGGUAAAUUAGCAAUAAUUAAUAGAGAUGACUUGUUACUUUUAAAUGACACAAUUUUAUUUGUCUCAUAUAAUAUUUUUUUAAUACAUUUAUAUUUUAAAUUUAAAAAAAUUAAUGAUAAUAAGAUAGAAAUUAUAAAUGGCAAUAAUAAAGAAAAUGAAGCAAAUCAACUUAAUUCUGAUAAUCAAUCUAAUUUAAAACCUAAUACAGUAACAGGAAAUAUUAAACUUUUUAAUGAGGAUGGAAAAAAAAUUCCCACUAAUUAUGAUCAGAAAGCAUAUUUUGAAAUGUUUGCAAAAUCUUGGAAUAAUUAA